CAUGGUCAACGCCGCACGCAUCAGUGUCGCCGCCGCCGUGGCAGUGAGCCUCGCGCUCCUCUACGUGCACAAACGGCGUGCGCUCGACGCCGCGCACAAGAAGACACUGACGAAGCUUCGCUUUGACUUGACGCCGGCGGACAUUGCUGCCGAGACAAGCGCGAUCCUCGAGGCGUGGUGCGCUGUCGACGACGAAGUGGCGCUCGCCGAGUCGUGUACGUACGAAGAGACGGCGGCGCGGCUCGCACAAAUCGAGCUCGAGCUGUCGCCGCGCAUCAGCAGCGUGAGUUUCUUGCGCUACGUCGGCGCAACGCCCGCACUGCGUGACGCAGCGACCGCUGCCCACGAAGCCAUCACUGCAUAUGGCCUCCAGAGCAGCAUGCGCGCCGACGUCUACCGCGUCAUCAAGGCGCUCGCGGACAGCGCUGUGGGCGCGCGCCUGGAGGGCGAGAAGGGCCGGUUCGUCCAGCGCCUCGUCCGCGAUUUUGAGCGCAACGGUGUCCACCUCGACGCUUCGCUCCGGCAGCGCGUGCUGUGGCUUCAAAAGAAGAUUGCGUCGCUCGCGACUGCGUUUGCAAAUAACCUCUGCGACGAUGCCACGUCAGUGCUCUGUACCCGCGACGAGCUGCAUGGCGUCUCCCCCGAUGUGCUGGUGGCCAUGGCGACCGACAAGUACGGCUGCUUCAAGGUGACGAUGCACUCCCCGAUCGUGUUGCCUGUGCUGCAGACCUGCCACGUGGCGGCGACGCGGCAGCGUGUCGAAGCGGCGUUCAGUAGCCGCUGCCAAGCGACGAACGUCCCGAUCCUCGAAGAGAUGCUGCGUCUUCGCCGCGAGGCUGCGUCGCUCCUUGGCUUUUCAUCGCACGCGGCCUAUGUCGCCAGCAUUCGGAUGGCGCAGUCGCCAGCAACCAUCCUCUCCUUCCUGCACGGGCUCGACGCACAGCUCACACCACUCGCUGCGACCGAGCUCCAAUCGCUGCUGGCGCUCAAGCAGGCGACUGAGUCGACGACCGACGAAGCGUCCGGUGUCUUGGCCAUGUACGACUAUCGGUAUUAUCUGCAUUUGUACCAAAAGUUGCACUGCGCCGUCGACCACCAAGUGCUCCAAGAGUACUUUCCACUGAGCCACGUCACGCGCGUGCUUCUCGAGACUUGCGCGCAGCUUUUCGCCGUCACCUUUACCGAGGUGCCGUCGCCGCAUGUAUGGCAUCCCGACGUCCGCAUGUUUGCCGUGCAUGACGCGCGAGCCGGUCGCCGACAUGGCCACCUCAUGGGUUAUGUGUACCUUGACCUCUUCCCCCGGUCCGGCAAGUACGCGCAUGCUGCUUGCCACGGGCUCCAAGCAACCGGCCUCGACACGGAGCUCAAGCGACAGCUGCCAGUCGCGGCCAUGGUGGCCAACUUUACACCGCCGAGCGCGACCAAGCCCGCUUUGCUGCUGCACAGCGAGGUGGCGACGUUCUUUCACGAGUUUGGCCACGUCCUGCAUCACGUUUUCUCGGAAGUGCACAUCAAGCGUUUUGCGGGCACGGCCGUCGAGCGGGACGUUGUCGAAGCGCCGAGCCAGCUCCUCGGACAGUGGGCCUGGGAUGCCGACACGCUGCGCCGUCUCUCGUGUCACUACACGACGUCGCAGCCGCUCUCGGACGACCAAAUUGCAGCGCUUCUAGCGUCGCGCAACGCCUGCGCCGGUCUCCAGACCAAGCGCCAAGUGCUGUAUGCACUCUUUGACCAGACCGUGCAUGGCGACGACGCAUCGACGGAUGCCGACACGGAGAGCCUCCUCGAUACGCUGCACCGUACCGUGCACUUGGUCCCGAUGACCCGCGGCACAAACCUCGCGGCGUCGUUCGGUCACAUUGUCGGCAACUACGAUGCCCAGUACUAUGGCUACCUCUGGAGCGACGUCGUUGCAACCGAUAUGUUUGUCUCGCGGUUCCUGCACAAAGGUCUGCUGAACCAAGACACGGGCAUCGAGUACCGCGAGCGCAUCUUGGCGCGCGGCGGCAGCGCGGAUGCGGUCGACCUGAUCGCAAGCUUUCUCGGUCGGCCGCCCAACGACGCCGCAUUUUUGAACGCCAAAAAUGUCGCGUAAACAAAAGACAAUAUUGUACGACGUGCGCGACCGAGCAUGGUCGUCACCCAUGCAAUGACAUUUCGUUGCUCGUUGGCAUUGGCUCAUGGCCGCUUGCAAAUCCGCUGCUGCACCUUGUUGGUUGCCACUGGCUUUUGUGUAGUAGACACGUCAUAUGGGCA